AUGCGUUCCGCCGCCCUCCUGUCCGUUUUGGCCUUUUUUGGCACCGCUAGCACCACUCCAGUGGACGGCAAGCUUCAGGCCCGGGCUAUUGUUCCACAUGACUCGAUUGGACCCGUCCUUCCCAAGACUCAAGGUGGAAAAAUUGGCAAUGCCAUGGAGCGCUUCCAGCCAUUCCUGCAUAUUGCGCAUGGAUGCCAGCCCUACACCGCCUCAAACGAGCAGGGCGACAUUAGCGGCGGUCUUCAGGACACCGGCAACCCAAGCGCUGGCUGCCGCGAUCGGAACAAGGGCCAGACCUAUGUUCGCGGGGCAUGGCACAAGGGCAAGUUCGCCCUUAUGUACGCCUGGUAUUUCCCCAAGGACCAGCCCAAUGCUGGCAACGUCGUUGGUGGUCACCGCCACGACUGGGAAAACGUUGUAGUCUGGAUCGACAACCCUGACAAUGCCAAUCCCCGCAUCGUUGGCUUUGCCGCGUCCGGUCAUGGCGACUACUCCCGCACCACCAACCCCAUCCGGGAGGGCGACAAGGUCAAGGUUGAAUAUUUCACUCAGCUUGGCCUAAACCAUGCCCUGCAGUUGAGCAACACCAGGGGAGACACCCACUGGCUUCUCCAGUGGGAGUCUAUGGAUGCCCGAUCCAGGAAUGCCCUUCAGAACGCCAACUUCGGUAAGGCCAAUGUUCCCUUCAAGGAUGGCAACUUUUUCAACAACCUGGAUAAGGCUUUUAUUUAA